GCGGGCUUAUUUAUUUCUGUUUUGAGGCUUCUCCAUAUAUAAGCCUGUUAUCAUUCUUGGAACCUCUUCAUUCGUGAGUUUUGAUCAAGGGAUUACCGUCUCCUCGUCCGACAUCAUGUGUGCGUUUAAGAUUGUCCUUUCCCUGGCCCUCUGCGCCGUGGUCGCCUGCCAAAACCAGGGCGCCAACCAAUUCCAACAAGGCCAGCAGCAAAACUUUGAUCAGCAACAGCAAUACCAGCCUCAGCCUCAACAGCCACAACAGCAGCAGCAGCAGGCGUCAUUCCAGCCACCACAAUCGUUCCAACCACAACAGACGCAACAAUUCCAACCACCGCAAUUCAACUCAUUCCCGCAAUUCCAACAGCAGCAACAGCCAUUCCAGCAGCAAGAGCAGCCCAACUUCGGCGGUGAGUCAGACGAGAAGCAAGACGACAACCAGUCCCCGCAGCAACAAGAUCAGUCCCCGAGUCCCCAGGGCGGCCAGUCGUUCGGUCAGAACUCCCCGAGCCAACCCCAAAGCAACUCCUUCCCCUCCUUCCCGUCUUUCGACUCCAACUCCUUCUCCUUCGGGGGCGGAUUCUACAACCAGAAGCCCCUCGGUCUCGGCGACAAGAGAUUCAGCGUCGUCGGCCCUGAUGGCUUCACCCGAACCGUAGACUACACCAACGUCUUCAACGACGAGCACGCUGACCUCCCCGCUAACCUGCCCCCAGCAUCCGUCUACAAGUAUGCACCCUACGCCUCCAGCAUCCCGACCUUCUACCGACCUGCCGUUGCUGUCCGACCUGCAGUGACCACCCUCCACGCACCGGCUGUCACCGCCUACCACGCACCCCUCACCACGUACCACGCACCGGCUGUUGUUCCUGCUGCCGUCCAUGCCCCGGUCGUCGCUGCAGUCCGCGCUCCUGUCGUCAGCACGGUCCAUGCUCCGGUCGUCACAGCUGUCCGAUCGCCCGUUGUCAGCACUGUCGCCGCCGCACCGGUUGUAGCAGCCGUUCGCACACCGGUCGUCAGCGCUGUCCAUGCGCCGGUUGUUACCGCCGUUCAUCCACCUGUUGCCUACGCCGCUUACCCUAGGUACCAGUCCGUCUCUUAUGUAGGUUAGUAAGUCUUCUCGCAGUCAAUCCCACUGUGUAUUUAUUCCCGUAUCGAAGUUGUUAUCAGGUGUUAAAUGAUGUUACCAAAAUGAAGUUCCUCGUCCGUUUUUAUAACUAAAUUAUUAAAUUAUUUUUUCAACAAA